AAAACAAGCACCAAAAAAGUUGGGAAAUUUUCAUGGAAAACCAACAAACUUAGGAACUAUCCACUUUGACUCUUUCUCUCUAUUUUCCGCCAUCUUUCUUGAACAUCCAAUUUUAAGAACAUUACCUAAAAAAAAAAACUUCAUAUGGAGAAGAAGUAAGAUAGAGAAAGUAAAUAACCUUUUUCCAUCAACAAAUAGAGAGAAAAACAGAGCAAAAACUCCAAAAAAACUGGAAAUAAAGAUUCAAUCACGGCUUUCCUUGGGAUCAACGGCCAAAAAAGCACAAAUUUUCACCAAAAAUUACACCUCAAAAACAACAAUUUUGAUAGAUUGAGAAAAUUGGAAGUUGAAAAAUUGAGAACCCCUUCUCCUAACGGAGGCAGGGGUGCUCUGCCUUCUGAAGGCGGUUGCCCUUCCGAUCUUCUUUAUCUUGCGUGUGGUGGCUUUUUUGAGACCUACCCUUUUCUUAUUUUGUCUUUAAUUUUUCUGGGUAUUUCUUAGAUUUUGCUAAUUUUGUAGUUUUCAUUGAGAAAUUUUUGGAGGAAAAAGAAUAUAUAAAAAUGGGGGCUUUUGAAAGAACUCUUACAAUUAAGAGGGUUCCUACGGUUUUAUCCAAUUAUCAGGAGGAAGAUGGUGGUGGUGGUGUAGUGGAAAAUCUUGGUUGUGGACGGAAUUGUCUUGGAAAAUGUUGCUUGCUUGUGGCCAAGCUCCCUUUAUAUGUGUACAAGGAAGAGGAUGGAGAUAUGCAUGAAAAUGGCAUUAUGGCCAAUUCAGGGGAUCAAUUACCUCCUGUAUCCUUUCUUCAUGAUCUCUUGCUAGGACAAUGGGAGGACAGGAUGAGGAGAGGUUUGUUCAGAUAUGAUGUAACUCAAUGCGAAACCAAAAUUAUUCCUGGGAGAUACGGAUUUAUUGCUCAGCUAAAUGAAGGACGUCACCUGAAGAAACGGCCCACUGAGUUCCGGGUUGAUCAGGUUCUUCAACCAUUUGAUGGCAAUAAAUUCAAUUUCACCAAGGUUGGCCAAGAAGAAGCACUUUUCAGGUUUGAACCUAGUAAGGACCACAUGACACAUUACUGUCCAAGUGCGCCUGUGACAUCGGAACUGGAUUCACCAAACAUGGUUGCUAUAAAUGUGAGCCCAAUAGAGUAUGGACAUGUCCUUUUGAUUCCUCGUAUAUUCGAUUGCUUGCCUCAGAUGAUUGAUCAUGCAAGCUUUUUGGCUGCUCUUCAUUUUGCGAAAGAAGCAGCUGACCCUUUCUUUAGAGUUGGUUAUAAUAGUUUAGGUGCAUUUGCCACAAUUAAUCACCUUCACUUCCAGGCUUAUUACUUACAAGUGCCUUUCCCAGCUGAGAAAGCACCAACUCAAGUUAUAUCUGAAGUGAAAGUUAUCCCUCCUAAUUGCGUUGUGAUUUCUCGACUUUUGAAGUAUCCUGUUCGAGGUCUUGUCUUCGAGGGUGGUAACACUAUUGACGAUCUAUCUAAUGCUGUAGCUAGCUCUUGCAUUCGCCUUCAAAGUGCCAAUAUCCCUUUCAAUAUUCUCAUCUCUGAUUGUGGAAAAAGGGUAUUCUUGUUCCCUCAGUGCUUUGCUGAGAAACAAGCUCUAGGACAAGUGAGCUCAGAAGUGCUGGACACACAAGUGAACCCGGCAGUGUGGGAGAUUAGCGGACACAUGGUGCUGAAGAGGAGAGAGGAUUUCGACAAGGCAUCAGAGGAGUAUGCAUGGAGACUUCUGGCUGAGGUUUCUCUCUCAGAGGAGAGAUUCGAGGAGGUGAAGGCAAUAGUCUUAGAAGCUUCAGGGUUAAAAGAGAUCUGUAUCCCUAGAAAUAGCAUUAAAGAAGAGGAAAGGAGUGAAGAAGGUUCCAAAGAGCCUUCUGAGUCCGCCCAACUACUGCUGAAAGAUUGUAUAGUUUUGCAGUGAAGUGAGUGAAGUGGUCACUAGCUAGCAAAGAUCUUGUCACUGUUUUAGGCUGCGGCCGCUGCGCUGCGCUGCUUGUUUAUGUUUCCUGUGGAUGGAUCUUUAGUUUUCUGUAUAAUAAAUAAUCCAGGAGAUGCUACAUGCUAGUAAACUUAUUUAGUCUUGGAAGCUCUAUCUUAGUGGCAAGUUUUUGUUGAUUGUACAUACGAUAUACUACAUGCUCGGUAACAAUGAACCAUCUUUUCCAAAAUUAUGAACUUAUAUAUUCGGUCUUUCUUUUUUA